UUCCCACUGCGCGCGCCGCUCUCCGGUCGCCGCCUCCGGUGCCGCGCCGCUGAAGUUCCCGCCGGGCCGGGCUCCCGCCGCCGGGGACAUGCUGCCGAAGCCGCGGAGCCGGGGCCGCCCCAGCUCCCAGGCCGACAGGGACGGGGGCCGCGGCGGGGACAGCCGGGCCGCGAGAAGCGCCGUCGCCGAGGAGGCCCCGAGCACCUCCCGCGGGGCGGGCGGCUCGCAGGACCCCCGCCGCUCCUCGUCGCAGGGCGGCCGCCCGGCCGACGCGCCCCUGGCCGUGGGGCCCCGGUCCCAGAAGCAGCUGGAGCUGAAGGUGGCCGAGCUGGUGCAGUUCCUGCUGAUUAAGGACCAGAGGAAGAUCCCCAUCAAGCGGGCCGACAUCGUGAAGCACGUCCUGGGCGACUACCGGGACCUGUUCCCCGACCUCCUGCACCGCGCCGCCGAGCGCCUGCAGUACGUGUUCGGGUACCGGCUGGUGGAGCUGGAGCCCAAGAGCAACACCUACAUCCUCAUCAACAGCCUGGAGCCCGUGGAGGAGGACGCCGAGCUGCGGGGCGACCAGGGCACGCCCACCACCGGCCUGCUCAUGAUCGUCCUGGGGCUCAUCUUCAUGAAGGGCAACGCCGUCAAGGAGACGGAGGUCUGGGACUUCCUGCGCCGCCUGGGGGUGUACCCCACCAAGAAGCACCUGAUCUUCGGCGACCCCAAGAAGCUCCUCACCGAGGACUUCGUGCGGCAGCGGUACCUGGAGUACCGGCGGAUCCCGCACACGGACCCCGUGGACUAUGAGUUGCAGUGGGGCCCGCGAACCCACCUGGAAACCAGCAAGAUGAAAGUGCUGAAGUUUGUGGCCAAAGUCCAUAACCAGGACCCCAAGGACUGGCCGGCCCAGUACUGCGAGGCCCUGGCGGAGGAGGAGGACCGGGCCCGGCCUCAGGCCAGCGCCCCAUCCCAGGCCAGCGCCCGAUCUCAGACCAGCGCCCCUUCUCAGACCAGCGCCCGAUCUCAGACCAGCACCCGACCUCCGAGCAGCGCCCCAUCUCAGACCAGUGCCCGACCUCCGAGCAGCGCCCCAUCUCAGACCAGUGCCCGACCUCAGACCAGCGCCCCAGCCCCCUCCUCUUGAAGCCAUAGGUUCCGGGGGACCCCUGGGGGCCAGGGUCGAAGGCGCAGGCCUGAGGGGGUGUCAGUGGGGCAGGGGGCAUAUUUCUGUAAAGCUGAACUGUGUGUAGCUUUAGGAUGUGUUUGCAAACUUUUGUUCUUUUACUAUUAUAAAGUAUUUGGUUCCAAGUUUUCAUUUAUAAAAAUAUGAGUAGAGGAUUUAUUUUGUUUUAGUAUCUGUAUUUUGUGUGUGUGUGUGUGUGUGUGUAUAAAAACUUGGCUAGCUUUAUAAAACUAAUUGGAAAACUUUGUACUGUGAUUUGGAACAAAAAACACAUCAGUAAUUUGCUUUGGUGCCAAGUCAGUGUAAGUGGCUGUUAUAUGGCCUCCUAACUGCCCUAGUUUGUAAGGAAAAAUAAAAGCCUUUAUAAAUUAAAAAUAAAAAUAUAAUUGCGUAUGUCCUCUUGCUUCAGCACAGCUAUUUUAUGUUUUCUAUGUAUAAGAAAAUUGUAUUUCCUCGACAUAACUUUUUUACAUUCAUGAUUAUUAUUUAGCUCUGUGGCUAACCAUUUAGCUUUUUUCCUACCCUCAUUAUAAUAAAUACUGUAUCUUUGAAGCAGUUAA